AUGUGCAUCGUGUUGAUUACUUUGGCGUGGUCGGGUCUGGUACCGUCGCAAGAUACGGCCUGGGCCAAAAUGCCUUCUGCCGUAAAUCCAAUUAUAAUACAACCCAAGAAUUUCAGAUUGUAUUUGGGUCCCCUGGAUAACAUUAACCAACAGUUUAUAAGGCGUUCAAGACGCCCAAAUUGCGUGAGGCCCGAGGGACUCGAGAUAACAGACAAAUACGUGCAGGAGGCGGUGGAACGCAUUGAGAAAUCGACUGAGGUGAAAAGCGAUGCAGAGAAAAGUGUGCUGGAAAAACUGUUGGGUAUUAAUCGCAAAUAUGCGGUUAUUAUGGCGCUGGACAUGAUGUUCGCCGGUGUCGAUACAACAACCAGCACCUUUGCGGCUAUACUACUGGCGCUCGCCCAGCUUCCCGAUAAACAGAAAAAACUACGCACAGAAAUUCUUGGAAUUUUGCCAGCAAAGGAUACACCUUUUACGGUUGAGUCCAUGAAGAAUUUGCCCUAUUUGCGUGCCUGCAUUAAGGAGACGCUGCGCUUUUAUCCACUGACCUCGGCCAAUGUGCGCAGCAAGCGGCAGGAACUGGUGCCCAGCGGUUACACAGUGCCACCGGGCAGUGAAAUUGCCAUGGUCCAUUUGAAUCUGUUCCGCAAUGAGCAGCAUUUCUCGCAACCGGACCAGUUCAUGCCCGAGCGUUGGCUGCGUGAAAAGCAACACGACUCCAGUGACUCCAAUGGCUGUCCCAUGGCCACCUAGUCCAGCCAUCCCUUUGCCUAUUUGCCAUUUGGCUUUGGUUCACGCAGCUACAUAGGUCGUCGCAUUGCCGAAAUGGAGCUGGAAGUGGGUGUCGCUCGUUUGCUUAGAAACUUUCAAGUAGAGUUCCAUCAUCCGGCUGACAAGCCCUUCAUUGCCUAUCAGCUAUCCACGGCACGCAUUCCGCUGCAGUUCAAGUUGAUCGAUUUAAAGAACUGA